AUGAGCAGCAAUUUAGAAACAUGCCCUGUCUACAAUCUCAUUCUUGAAGAGCAGUAUAGACAUCCUUCAGGAAUCCUGCCACGACUACAGUAUGAGUCUGGCAUAGAAGACAUGAAGAAACUUCCAUCAAAGUUUUUCACUUAUUUUUCUUUGGUAUCCAGGGACAAUCAAACUAGACAAAUACAAGAUGCUGUUUCAAAUGUGGAAAAACAUUUUGGUGAAUUGUGCCAGAUAUUUGCUGCAUAUGUACGCAAAACUGCCAGACUACGAGACAAAGCAGAUCUUCUAGUAAAUGAAGUAUAUGCAUAUGCAGCCACAGAGACACCAAACUUAAAAGUUGGACUGAAAAACUUUGCAGAUGAAUUUUCCAGACUUCAGGAUUAUCGCCAGGCAGAGGUUGACAGGCUUGAAGCCAAGGUUGUUGAACCUCUGAAAAGUUAUGGGACCAUAGUGAAACUUAAAAGGGAUGAUCUUAAAGCAACUUUAACGGCAAAGAACCGAGAAGCCAAGCAAUUAUCUCAACUGGAAAAGACACGUCAGCGGAAUCCAUCAGAUCGACACAUUAUUUCACAGGCUGAAAGUGAAUUGCAGAGAGCUUCAUUGGAUGCAACUCGAACAACUCGCCAGUUAGAGGAAACCAUUGAUAAUUUUGAGAAACAGAAAAUAAAGGACAUAAAAAACAUAUUUUCUGAAUUUAUAACUAUUGAAAUGUUAUUCCAUGGGAAAGCUUUAGAGAUAUAUACUGCUGCCUACCAAAAUAUCCAAAAUAUUGAUGAAAACGAAGAUUUAGAGGUUUUUCGGAGCUCACUUUAUCCACCAGACUAUCAGUCUCGCUUAGACAUAGUUCGUGCAAAUUCAAAGUCUCCCCUGCAAAGAACUGGCUCCUUAAAAUCUUCAUUGAGGACAGUACAGAUUUCCAGCAGUAUGCUAAGAAAAGAUGAAGAAGAAGAGGAGGAGGAAGAUGAAGAUGAGGAAGAGGAAGAGGAGGAAUUUGAUGCUACUAAGGAAGUGAGAUAA